AUGAGUAACAAGGAAGGUUACUCUUCCGAAGCCACCCCGCUUCUGCGGGAACAGUCCAGCUAUCAAAGCACGCAAUAUCACAGCACAACCCAUCAUACCUAUGAUGCUGAGAAUAGUUCCUCCAGUGAGGAGGUAAUUGAAGAUAUGGAUUUUCCUGUCCUAGGUCGCGUCCAGUCUACGUCCCAGGUACUGGAUGUUGAGCCGACCUUGGAGAGAACCGCUUCUGUUAGUUCCGCGAAAAGAGGCGCUGGCAAUCGGGAAGAUGAAGAUAACUCAUAUGCUGCGCGCUUCAUCGGCGUCUCCCCAACUCGAUUCUGGAUGAUCUUUGUUGGUUCAAUGCUUGGAUAUGUGAUUGGUUUCUUCGAUUCCACGUUAAUGGCUUCGAGUCAUCCGGUUAUCACAUCCUAUUUCAACGCUGCCAAUGCAGCUUCAUGGUUAUCGACGGCUUUCCUGCUUACAUCCACGGCAUUCAUGCCCCUCUUUGGUCGCACAUCAGACACCUUUGGCCGCAAGCCAGUCUAUCUUUUCUCGAUCGCCAUGUUUUUUAUCACGACUGCAUGGUGCGGUCUCGCCCGAAGUAUGGGAAGCUUUAUCGCCGCUCGAGCAUUCUGUGGCCUUGGAGCGGGUGGUGUCUUUUCCAUGGGCCAAAUUCUUUCGAGCGAUCUUGUGCAUAUCGAGUAUCGAAGCGUUUAUCAGUCAUAUCUUAACCUCUGCUUGGGAACGGGUAGUUGCCUGGGACUAGCUUUUGGUGGAUUUUUGUGUGACAAGAUUGGCUGGCGGAAUGCCUUUUUGAUCCAAUUACCUUUCAUCUUUAUUUACUUCAUCACGGCUUUGUGUACAAUCCCAGCGAAUCUCGGCGUGAAGCAGACAGACGCCGAGCGCAAGACUAUGUUGCAGGUUAUUCGCAGCAUUGACUUGACCGGCUCUUUCUUCCUGGUUUUGGCAGUCACUGCCCUGAUCAUGGGCCUGAACCUGGGUGGCAAUGUCCUCGCUUGGACACACCCUCUUGUCACCUGCUCUUUAGUCGCAGCCGUGGUUCUGUCUAUUAUCCUCGUCCGGUAUGAGCGAAAUGUGCCCCGUGCAGUUCUUCCGAUAGAGCUUUUGUCGAACGAACCUCGCAGAAGCAUUAUUUUCGGUAACUUCUUCGGAUCUAUGUCUGUCAAUACUAUGAUGUUCAAUGCCCCAUUAUACUUCCAGGCAGUCAAGCUAGCGACGCCAACGGAGUCUGGGUUCCGGCUCGUCGGUGCGUCAAUUGCUGUGACAAUCUCAAGCCUUGCUACUGGAUUUUUGGUUACCUGGUCUCGACGCUUUAAGCCAACUAUCCUCAUCGGUGGCUUUUUUAUGUUGAUCGGCGGAUUUUUAGCCGGUUCUAUGGGCCUUAGGACUCCUGACUCGCUUGCCACGAUUUGUGUUUCUUUCAGCAGCUUCGGUCAAGGAUUCGCAUUUCCGAGUUUGAUGGUCUCGAUUCUUGCUACUAGUGAGCAGGCCGACCAGGCAGUAGCUACCACGACUUUGGGAUUGUUCCGCAACUUAGGUUCCGUGCUGGGUGUUUCAGUUAGUAGCUGGAUUUUCCAGAAUGUUCUCAUAUAUGAGCUCGGACGUCAGGUUACUGGGGAAAGCAAGGAGUAUAUUAUCCAUCUCGUGCGCAAGUCUAUCCCUUCCAUCGGUGACCUAGACCCGUUACAUCAACAGCAAGUUAUCCGAUCAUAUGCCAUGGCCCUUCGCAUCACCUUUCUUUCAGCGGCUGUCUGGGGUGCUAUCAUGCUUAUUAUGCACUCUCGACUUCGAUUACCCCGUUUGGGACGUAAAGCAUAA